AUGGACAUGGCUUCAACUCCCAAACGAGAAGCAAACUCGAAGAAGAUGACCAUAACUUCAAAAUGUGCUGCCAUUAUCGAACCAUCUAGUGUUCACUAUCAACUGAAUCAUCGUCGCUCGCACCUCUCUCGAUCGAAAAUCGCAGAUAUGGCUUCUGUACCUCCGUCUCCUGUUACCUUUUCUGGAAGCUUGUCUUCUGGAACAUCAGCUUCAGAUCUUCUUCGAAGCUCAAGUAAUGGCAUCAAUGGCAUACCCCUACGAACUUUAGGCAAAGGGCAUGUAAACACAGGGAGGAAGGGUUUAAGUAUCACUGCAAAGGUAAGGAAGGUGAAGAAGCACGAUUACCCAUGGCCCCAGGAUCCUGAUCCCAACGUGAAGGGUGGAGUUCUUAGUCAUCUAUCCCCAUUCAAGCCAUUAAAGGAGAAGCCAAAACCUGUCACCUUGGAAUUUGAGAAACCUCUUAUGGAUCUCCAGAAGAAAAUCAUUGAUGUUCAAAAGAUGGCUAAUGAAACCGGUUUGGACUUCAGUGAUCAAAUCAUUUCUUUAGAGAAUAAAUACCAACAGGCUCUUAAAGAUCUCUACACACACUUGACUCCAAUACAGCGUGUUAACAUUGCACGACACCCUAACAGGCCAACUUUUCUUGAUCAUGUCUUCAACAUUACUGAAAAGUUUGUUGAGCUUCAUGGUGAUAGAGGUGGUUAUGAUGAUCCUGCAAUAGUAACUGGAAUUGGAACAAUAGAAGGAAGGCGAUUCAUGUUUAUUGGUCAUCAAAAGGGUAGAAAUACCAAAGAAAAUAUUCAACGUAACUUUGGAAUGCCUACACCACAUGGAUACCGAAAGGCUCUACAGGAGUUAGGUCAGGGUGAAGCCAUUGCUCAUAAUUUAAGGACUAUGUUUGGUUUAGAGGUGCCAAUCAUAUCCAUUGUGAUAGGUGAAGGUGGAUCUGGAGGUGCUUUGGCCAUUGGUUGUGCUAAUAAAUUGCUGAUGCUUGAAAAUGCUGUUUUCUAUGUUGCCAGCCCUGAAGCAUGUGCAGCAAUUCUAUGGAAGACUGCCAAAGCUGCUCCAAAGGCAGCUGAGAAGCUCAAGAUCACUGCUACUGAGCUUACUAAGCUUCAAAUUGCUGAUGGCAUCAUCCCUGAACCACUUGGUGGUGCUCAUGCUGAUCCACAGUGGACCUCUCAGCAAAUUAAAAAAGUCAUUCUUGAAUCAAUGGAUGAACUUCAAAAGAUGGAUACUCCACAGCUAUUAAAACAUCGAAUGCUCAAAUUUCGCAAGAUUGGUGGAUUCCAAGAAGGUCUACCCGUUGACCCAGAAAAGAAAGUCAACAUGAAACAAAAGGAAGAACCAAAACCUGGACUUAUUUCCAAUCAAGCCUUGCAGAAUGAAGUCAAUAGGCUAAAAGAGCAAAUCAUGAAAGCAAAAGAAUCAUCUUCAAUAGCUCCCGAUAUGGACCAAAAUGGCCUCGUCAAAAAGCUCGAAAGAGAAGUUGAAUAUGAAUUUUCUGUAGCUGCAAAAGCUUUAGGAAUCGAGGACAAAAUAAAUUAUAUGCGUGACAAUUUCGAUACAGAAAAAGAGUUGGCUUCUGAUCAAAUCCAGGAUCUCAAGAAUCUAAAGAAAGAAUUCCAAGUGAAGUUACCAACAGCUCCUAAUUACAAUAAGCUGAAAUACAAACUAAACUUGUUGAACGAAAUCAAAGUAGCGAAAGCAGUCGCGGAAAAUUACAAAAAAACCCUUCCAUUGAAGACUAAAGUGAACGAGAAGUUCAAACAAGUUUUGGAAAAUCCGAUUCUGAAAAACAAAAUCGAGGGACUGAAAGCGGAGAUCGAGACACUGGGAGGCGAUGGUCUGGAUGAGGAUCUGAAGGAGAAGAUGAUGGAGGUAAGGGCAGAAGUGGAAACGGAAUUUGUGAAUGCUCUAGAAGCUUCGGGUGUCCAUGUUGUUUCACGGAUGGGUCAAACUUCUAUGGAGAUGGUGAAGGCGAAAGUUAAUGAACUGAAUGCGGAAAUUAAUAAGAUAAUUAAAGAUAUUAUUGAGAAUACCCCGGAAUUGAAAAGUAAAAUUGAGCUGUUGAAAUUUGAGGCGGUGAAACACAAAAAAAACCCUAGCAAGGAAUCGAAGGAUAGGAUUAAGAAUUUGGAAAAUAAACUGAAAGAGGAGCUUGAUCAAGGAACCCAGCUAUGUUUAAUUUGAUAAAAAUGUGUUGAAAGUGCAAUGAAUGAAUUCUUGAAGGUGGAUUAAUGAAUGUAGGAGGUUAUUUGAAGAAGCAACACCAUUUGCAUUUGGGAGUGGGGUUAAAGAGAGGUUAUAUUUGGGGGGUAAAGACCUACCUACCUACCUUGGGUGCUUUGAAAGUUUGAUAUUUGGUUUAGUUUUUAUUUCGUCAGACUUUUUAUUUGGAAUUUUUUUUAUAAAUUAAUUUCAUGGUUUAGUGUUUUUAUGUCAUUCACAGACAAAACUAGCAUGUCAUGUAAAUUUUGUUGAUCACUUGGGGAACGCCAAUAAUUUGCUCUCUUUUUCUGUUUGAAAUCUAUGUUUAAAGGAAUUUUAUCUAAAUUCCAUUCUCCCUAUUUUAUUGAAAGGAGAAAUGUGUCCUUCCAUG